CUAGCCGCCCACCACAAUGCAACGGCUCCAGAAUGUCUCUUCCGUCCGCGCCGGCGCCGCCUUCUUCUCCCUCGUCCGCCUCCGCCUCCUCUGUACCACCACCACCACCGCAUCACCACCGGCCCGCUUCGUCGCAGAGAGCUACCUCGUCGCCAACUGCGGCCUCACACCAUCGCAGGCCGUCAAGGCCUCGAAGCUCCUCUCCCACCUCGAGACCCCCCAUCAGCCCGACGCCGUGCGCGCCUUCCUCGCCGGCCUCAGCCUCUCCAAGGCCGAUGUCGCCGCUGCCAUCGCCCGGAGGCCGCGGGUCCUCUGCUUCAGCGUGGAGUCUACCCUCGCCCCCCGCGUCUCCCAGCUCCGCGGCAUCGGCCUCUCCACUCCCGAGAUCGCCCGCCUCGUGCCGCUCGUCCCUUACGUGUUCGCCAGCCCGGUGAGGGACGCCCAACUCCUCCGCCGGAGCGUCGAGAAGAUCGAGCCACAAGCCGCGUUGCUGCGCGAGUGCGGCCUAGGUGCUCGUGAUAUUGCCCAAGUGGCCUCCAUCGCCCCGCGGCUGUUCUCCGGGUCCGAGGAGCGUCUCAAGGCAGUCAUAGCGCGCGCCGAGGAGCUCGGCGUGCCCCGGGGCACACCCAUGUUCCGCCACGCCCUCGUCGUGGCCUACUCUAUCGGGCGGCAGAACGCCACCGCCAAGAUGGAGCUGCUCAGGUCCCUCGGCUGGUCCAGCAGUCAGGUGGCGGUGGCGGUGGCCAAGAUGCCGUCCAUAUUGGCGAGUUCCGAGGACCGGCUGCGACGUGCGGUAGAUUUCCUGACCAAAGAGGCCGGCAUGGAGGUCGAGGCUGUUGCGCGAGGGCCAUCGUUGCUCAAGUUCAGCAUCGAGCGGAGGCUGGUGCCCCGGCUCAAGGUGCUGAAGCUUUUCAAGGAGAAGGGGUUGCCGUUGGGCGGUCGAUCCUUCUACGGCGUGGCCUGUAUGAGCCGUGAGAAUUUUUUCAACACCUUUGUGCUUCCUCACGCGAAGAUCCUCCCACGCGGCCUCAUUGGUGCUUUUGCUACUGCCCGGGCUGGGAAAGCGGCGGCCGGACCUGCACGGUGAGAAGCACGGUUGCGGUUGGAAGCAGGGUGGGGAUCCACAGGUUGAGAUUGAUGUUACCUUCGCUAUUUAUUCUUAAAAGAUCCCUUUUGUAUUAGCUCGGAGAGACCUGAUUGGUGUGGUGACUAGUGCGAUGCUAAUCUGCUGCUGUCUUACGGUCCAUGUUUCUGCUGUUCUGCAUCGGAUGCUUUUUUUCUGAACUUGGGUGAACAUGUGCUAGAUUUUGCUCGUCAGGUUCUAGUAUUCGACAUUAUGGUAAACCAGAAGGAAAUGUAGAGUGGUGAUCCACAUGAAGCCCUUUUGUUGAAGUAAUUGGUCAAGCUUAGUGUCCAUAUAUUUA